AUGGCGGACCGACCAGCCUCGGAUACGAAGCCAAAGUGCACCCCCGCGGAGCUCAUGCUUAAGGUUAUCUUAACAGGAACUUUGAGCCACUAUGAGACCCGUGGAAUGAUCGACGAUAAACGCUUGGAGCAUAUGCUGUCUGCGGGGAAGCAGAUUCUGUACAAGACGCACCAGGAAAGUGAUGUGAGACAUAACCUAGGCCUUUCACCGGAUAUUUGGCAAGGAUUUACGGAUGUUUUGACGAAGGCAAUUCCUGUCCUAGAGUCUCAGUCAUUUGCCUGGAAGUGCCCUCCGGCUGCGAAUUACGACCACUCCUCCUCGAACCUGAUCGCUUAUAACUAUUUCUCACUCGUCAAAGAUAUCGAGCGCUUGAAUGAUCUAUGCACCAUCGCACGAAACCUCCUCGCGACGACGAAGAAGGCGCAGAAUAUGGCCGCUGAGAAGGGCUUCGACCAACGCAUUUUGGCUCUGGUGGACACCUGCGUGAGGGUCACGGCACGGGGAUUCGACGGAGAAACAAAUGCACGGAACGAAGAGCGCUGGCAGAAAGUGGUCAAUCUCUACAAGCGACUCUUGAUCACAUGUCUCCAGUUCUUGCACAACUUCAUCAUGCAUAAUGAACAGCGAAAGAUGGUGCUCUGGUUGGAUCUCUUUGGCUACCAUUCCACCGGCGAGUCGAACAUUUUACAGCCAAAGGACCCUCUCGACCCCGCCAACAGUCAACCCGAGGGAGCCGCACCUGUGGUGAAAACGGGUGACAGGAUCGUCAACCCUCCGAUCAGAGCGCUUUACGACCAGACUGCAGAGGAUCUGCUUCUAGAGACUAUCUCUAACUUCCCACGAGAACCUGCAACGAUAAAGGAGGAAGCGGCGAUGCUGCUCUUGGCCAAUAUCAAAGACCACAUGGAAAAGCUACUUGGUCGUGACCUGACAGCAAUCCAAGAAAUGGGCAAGGAUCCCGAGCAGGUCAAGGAGAUCCGCGCUGCUCUUACUGCGAUCCUUGGGGCGAAGGUGGAUGGAUGGUCUGACCUGCAAGACCGUGCGAAGGAUUUACCACCCGCUCUUCCGGAAGAUGAACCCCCGCGCAGGAAAGCGAUUAUCUCAAUCGAUCGCAGCGCCACCACUGGAUUCCCACGAAUCUGUUGGUCUGAUCUGCCCGAUCUGAACGAGUACAGCGCGCUUGCGGCAGGCGACGCAGCCGUAUUGGAAGAGGAUACCAGCAUGCCACGCUCCGCGCAGACCGCUGCAGAAACCCUCCAGGAAGCGAAGGAUGAACUGAUGGCUCGGUUGCAGGAGUCAUCCCAGAUGGGAGACGGCGACCAGGACUAUGAUACCGGUGACGCGGGCACGGUUGGCGAUGACGACUCGCGCAGUCUGGAGGCUGUUGCUGAUGGGAGUAUCGAGGAAGAAGAGGAAGAGGACGAGGACGAGGAUGAUGAUUACCGUGGCCGUCCGGGUGACCAACAGCGUGGCUUACUGACAGAUAUUCCUCUCGUGCUAGGCCCUGCGGAGAUUGAGGCUCUCCCAAUGAUCAUCCAGGCCGGUAUUGUGGAUAGUUUCGGGCUCAAAGGUGGUGAGAGGUCUGGGUCUAAGAACAUGCAAGCUCUCCGAUGCCACAUCUUGCUCAACCAGGAGACCGGACGGAACCUCCUCCGAGAGCUCUUGAUCUUCAUUGCUGCAUGGGAUCUCCCCGAUGACGAGUUGUACUUCAAGAUGAUGGUGCAGAUUAUGGAUGCAGUGCUGAGAAACGGUCUCAUGUCCCACGCCUAUUCUGAUUUCGGUCAACCGAAGGACAUUAUCUCCCCAGCGCAGGCAGUUGUCGUCAAGAUCCUCACGCACAUUUUCAGAGCCAAAUAUUCCCCUGCGUCGGUUGUGGGCGGUGCUCAAUCCGGCAAGAACCCUGCGCCGUUGUCUCGUGUCGAUAUUCUCACAGUCCGCUACAUCUUCACGAUCUUCCGCGGCAACAUCAUUCCGGAGACUUGCGCCUUGAUCUAUCUCCAAGGCCAGAUUCGGGCUGGACGAGCGCUCCCUGAAGACUUCCCACUCAAUCUGUGGGAUAUGGAGCGGGUGUACGAGGGCGUGUAUCAGUUCCUGGAAUUCUUUGCCGUGCUCACCGAGAACAACGAUUGGAAGAACCUAUUGGUCAAGUGGGAGAUUGUGUAUGAUUUAGUGACCUUGAUCAAGGAACUGGAAGCCAGCAUUCCCAAGGGUCAACUGAGCUCCUUGUCUCUGGGCCGAAACAGCCCCGCCAAAGAUCACGCACAAGACGCUGCUCCUGGACCCGUCGCUGUGGAACGGCCGUACGACCCAAGUGAUCCUGACCCAGUCGACGCGGGCCCCGGAUCCAGAGCCGAGUCGCCUCCGAUCACAGAGGAUCCUUCUGAGUUCGAGUGGCGCAAUUUGAAGAAACUCGUCGUCCUUGUCCUCUCGUCCCUAGUCUGGAAGUGCCCAGAGGUCCAGGACCAGAUUCGUCGUUACGGCGGUGUUGAGACUAUUCUGUCCUGCACUAGUUUCGACGCGCACAACCCGUACAUCAAAGAGCACGCUGUGAUGUGCCUGAAGUUCCUUCUCGAGGGCAACCAGGAGAACCAGAAACUCGUGGAAGACCUGGAAGCGCGGGAGGUGGUCAAGGACGACGGAGGAUUGCUGGAGAAGAGCGGAUUCGAAGCGGUGAUUGACAAGACUGGCAAACUGGCCAUCCGCCCGAAGGAGAACACCGCCGAGAAGCGGUAG